GCCAUUGGAACAAGUAAAACCGGACCAAACAGGGCUAAAUAUGUUCAGGUCAUCUUCUUCAGAAUCUACCACUGCCUCCACCGCCACUCCCGGCCCCGCUGCCCCCGAUUAACUCCAGCAGCCACCUCCGGCAAAUUAAAAUUUGACUAUACAAACAAGCUCUAAUAAACUUUGUGCUGAAAAUUCACAUACACACCAGUAUCCAUCCCUUAAAAUGACUCCAAUUUACAGGCUCGCCGCCACUCUCAGUAAAUCCAGCUGGCAUCCCUCCGCCGCCGCAACAACCGCUUUAUUUUCCACCAACCGAACAACCAAUAAGAACAAAACUGGCGACAACGAGUGGAACGACGCAUGGGAAACGGCGUGGCUUCCUGACGAUAAUUUCGGCAAAUCCUCACCUGUAGCCCCCUGGGAAUCCGACGUUACCUUUUCCCUCCCCACUGCCACCGCUGAAAAUACUCACCAGGGAGAAGAAAUUGACUCCGAGACCAAGGCCUUUGUGGAGGACAUGAACGAGAAUUGGGACCAGAGGAAGGGCAAAAUGACAAAGGAAGAUAAAAAGAAUAUGGACUCCUCUGCAUUGUCUCCAUCUUCAUCGUCGCUUUAUAGCUUGGAGAAUAUUAAACGAGAUUACAGGUUGAAGAAGCAGAAGAUACACGCGGGGCUAUGGAUGAAGGAGAUUGAGAAAAUGGAGGAGGCAAAAUUGGGGGACUCCAUUUCCGUUGAUGGAGAUAAUAUAGAGAAAUUGCUCGAUAGCUGCUCUGAGUUGUUGAAAAAAAGUAGUAAGGGUUUUGCCUAUUGGGGUAUGUUGAAAGAACUCAUCCGGUGGUUAUGCAUUUUUAAGUCUCAUUAUUAUUUCAUGAUUGAGAUGGUUUGCUUGCCCGUUAAUAAGCAUGUUCAGGAAGAAAUCCAUGGCUUAAUUUGUGGUAUUCAGAUAGCUAGUUUUAUAAAGACUCACAUAUUUAGCCGAAGGAGGCCUAUUGACGGAUGGAAGUACAUGAUAGAGGAAAUUGGACCAAAUGCAAGGAGAAGCAAGGGCAGUGUGUCAAGAUUGCCUAGUGUAUCAGAUGAAUCAACCCAACCUUUUAGAGAGGAGAAGACACCAGCUAAUAGCACUUUCCACCCCCAGAGGCGGAGAUAAAUAUUUUUCUGCUUAUAUUUUGUACUUGGAAGUCUUGUAAUAUUUAUAAGCAUGUACACAUUCAGUUUUUCUCUAAUAUAUUUUUGUAGUACAAUUAGA